AUGGCUGAAGAAAAAAGAGCUCCAAUUCAACAAAAUCCUUAUGGUCCAAAUCCUGCAGAUUUUCUUUCAAAUGUUUCAAAUUUCCAAUUGAUUGAAUCAACUUUAAGAGAAGGUGAACAAUUUGCUACUUCAUUUUUUUCAACUGAAAAAAAAAUUGAAAUUGCAAAAGCUUUAGAUGAUUUUGGUGUUGAUUAUAUUGAAUUAACUUCUCCUGUUGCUUCUGAACAAUCAAGAGCUGAUUGUGAAGCUAUUUGUAAAUUAGGUUUAAAAGCUAAAAUCUUAACACAUAUUAGAUGUCAUAUGGAUGAUGCUAGAGUUGCUGUUGAAACUGGUGUUGAUGGUGUUGAUGUUGUUAUUGGUACUUCUCAAUUUUUAAGACAAUAUUCUCAUGGUAAAGAUAUGAAUUAUAUUGCAAAAUCUGCUAUUGAAGUUAUUGAAUUUGUUAAAUCAAAAGGUAUAGAGAUUAGAUUUUCUUCAGAAGAUUCAUUUAGAUCUGAUAUUGUUGAUUUAUUAAACAUUUAUAGAACUGUUGAUAAAAUUGGUGUUAAUAGAGUUGGUAUUGCUGAUACUGUUGGUUGUGCAAAUCCAAGACAAGUUUAUGAUUUAGUUCGUACUUUAAGAUCUGUUGUUCAUUGUGAUAUUGAAUGUCAUUUCCAUAAUGAUACUGGUUGUGCUAUUGCCAAUGCUUAUACUGCUUUAGAAGGUGGUGCUAGAUUAAUUGAUGUUUCAGUUUUAGGUAUUGGUGAACGUAAUGGUAUUACUCCAUUAGGUGGUUUAAUGGCAAGAAUGAUUGCAGCUGAUCGUGAUUACGUUUUAUCAAAAUAUAAAUUACAUAAAUUACGUGAUUUAGAAAAUUUAGUUGCUGAAGCUGUUGAAGUUAAUGUUCCAUUCAAUAAUCCAGUUACUGGGUUCUGUGCUUUUACUCAUAAAGCUGGUAUUCAUGCUAAAGCUAUCUUAGCAAACCCAUCAACUUAUGAAAUUUUAAAACCAUCUGAUUUUGGUUUAACAAGAUAUAUUCAUUUCGCUAAUAGAUUAACUGGUUGGAAUGCUAUUAAAUCAAGAGUUGAACAAUUGAAUUUAAAUAUGACUGAUGAUCAAGUUAAAGAUGUUACACAAAAAAUUAAAACUAUUGGUGAUGUUCGUCAAUUAGGUGUUGAUGAUGUUGAUGCCAUUAUUAGAGAAUUCCAUGCAAAAAUUGCAACUCCUGUAAUUCAAGCAAAAGGUGAAAGUCAAGGUGUUGUUGAUGAAAAAUUAUCAAUUUCUGAUGAAAAAGAACAAGAUGCUAGAAUUAAGAAUGAUUUAUCAAAACUUAUACCUUUGGGACUUCUUUUCUUAACAAAUUUACCAAUAAUACCAUCAAAUGGCUUGGAAGUUGAUCCAAUGGAAGAUUCCAAUGAAUGGAUGUGGCUUGAUUUACCUUAUACCAAUACAAAAGAACCAAUCUACUCUGCUAAAGAUGGUUCAAGAUGUGUUUUAUCAUCAAUUGCAUUAGACCUUUCAUAUUUAUUAGAGCGGUCACUAAUCCAAGCUACUUAUAAAUUCAUUAAAGUUCAACGAGUCAAGAUUAUGGUUGUUAGAGUUUAUUGGAUACCCAGUGAUAUUGAAGGACAUCGAUUUUUAGAUGAAGUUAGGUCAAAUUAUAGAAGAGGUAAACCUUCAAGUUGGCAUGAAGGUAAACAAAAACUUAUAGUGGAGAAUUUAUUAGCUGUCUUAGAUUAUUCAGAUGAUAAUUGGAUUAAACCAGAGUUUAUAAAGUCUAAAAUAUUGCUGUUUUCCGCUAUUGAUAAAUUUGUUCCAUUUAGUACUUCUAAUUUGGGUUCUGGUCCAUAUCUACUCAGAACCCCUUCAAAAUUGUUCUUUAAAAGACUUAUCAGUGGUGAAUCAUAUUACCUGGUAACUGAAAAUGAUAAUAAUGACCCAUUAGAGAAAAAGUUGACUAAUAUAUAUGAUUCAAUAAAAUUGGAUCUUAAUAUGACUAAUGACUAUUUAUCACUUUCACAAGAGAUUCCAGGUAUUAAAAGUCAACUUUAUAACUAUCAAAUGGAAUCCAUUUCUAAAAUGUAUUCAAAUGAAACAGAUACAAGAUUACAAGUGAUGCCACAUUUAAUCAAAAUUACAAAAUUUAAAGGACAAACAACAUUUUAUUUUAAUAAAUUAUCAAUGUCAUUUCGUCGUGAUCCUGAGUAUUAUACUACACCAAGAGGUGGUAUAUUGGCAGAAAAUAUGGGUUUAGGUAAAACAUUGAUUUGUCUAGCAUUAGUUUGUUUAACCAAAUAUGAAGCUUCUGAAACCCCAGAUAAAUAUAUCAUGAAUAAUGUUAGAGAUUAUAAAUUACAAAGUUUAUUUGAUCAAUGUGUUAGACAUAUCAAUAGACAUUCUAUUGCAUGGGGUAAACAUCAGGAUUCGUUACCUACAACUUGUACUGAUGCUUUACAAAAAUCUCCAGGUUUUUUCUAUGUGAAAACUGAAGAAUUACCAAAUAGAGGUCGUUUAAGAAGAGGUCCUAUGGUUAUUGAAAGGAAAUAUCUGUUAACAAGUGCAACAUUAAUUGUUUGUCCUGAUAAUCUGUUCAAACAAUGGUCAGAAGAAAUUGCAAAACAUAUUGAACCAGGGUUUUUAAAUGUUUAUUAUACACCUAAUAUUGGACCAUUACCACCUUCAACACAUUUAGUUACAUAUGAUAUUGUUCUAAUGCCAAUAUCAAUUUACGCAAAAGAAAAUUUGGAUACUUCUGAGCUUGGUAGAAUAUAUUGGAAAAGAUUUAUAAUUGAUGAAGGUCAUAGUAUGAAUCAAAGAAAUAGUAGAACAGUUGAUUUAUCUAAAAAUAUUAAAUUUGAAAGAAAAUGGGCUGUUACUGGUACACCAACUGCUGGUAUGACAAAUUUACAUAUGAAUGAAACUUUGGAUAAUAAUUCAAAAAGUUAUGACGUGAAAAGAACUUUUAAUGCUAAAGAUGAUUUGAAAAGAUUAGGUUUAUUAAUUUCAAACUUCUUCCAAAUUGAACCAUGGUCAAGUGAUCUAUCAUUAUGGAAUAAUAUUAUUAUAAAACCAUUGACAAACAAUGAUACUAAUUCAAAUGAAUCUUUGAAAACUUUACUGGACAGUAUAAUUGUUAGACACUCAACAGAUCAAAUAGAUACUGAUGUUACAUUACCCCCACUUCAUCAUAAGCCAGUUUUUUUAACUCCAUCUUAUCAUAACAAGUUAUCAGUAAAUAUUUUUACCGCUGUCUUAGCUGUUAAUGCUGUUAGUUCUGAAAGAGAAGAUCAAGAUUAUAUGUUCCAUCCUGGAAGUAAAUCAGAUUUAAGAAGAUUGGUUACAAAUCUACAAAGAAGUACAUUUUAUUGGACUGGGUUUUCUAAUGAAGAUUUGGAUAGUAUGAUUUAUAUUGCAAAUAUUUGUCUUGAAAAGACAAAAGAAGAUGGGACCCCAUAUUAUAGUGAAGAAGAUAUAAAGUUAUUGGAAAGGUCUAUUAGGGCUUGUAAAGUUGCAUUAACAGAUAAAAAUUGGAGAACAGUUUCAACUUUACAUGAAAUGAAUUAUUUUGUUUAUGGAUUGAAUGAUCUUUUUAAGAAGAAUUUUGCAAUUAACAAAUUUUCAAAUGAAAUAUCAGUAUUUGGUGCACCUCAAUUAUAUGCUUUACAAUCUUUCUAUUUUAAGAAUAGAUUUGCUAAAGAUGAAAUCUUGGAAGGAAGAAUAACACAAAAUUCUGAUGAAUUUUGGAAAGGUUUUUGGAAAGAAGCUACAAAGAAAAAUGCUGAAAGGGUUAAGAAAAAUGAUGGACAAACUAUAAAUAUCCAAAAAGUUAAUGAAGAGUUAGAACAUCAAGAAAAAUUAUCUCUUAAAUCAAGUAACAAAUCGAAAUUUGAUGAUCCAAAUUUUAUGAAAAGCUCAACGGGUAGAAUUCAAACUAGUUUAAGUAACUCAAACACACCAGAACCAACCAUGAAGACCAAUAAAACAAACAAAUUUGCUAGAAUGCUUGGUACAUCAUCUGCUAAACUUUCAUAUAUGGUAUCUAAACUAUUAGAAGAUUCAUUUGAAGGUGUCAAAAGCAUUAUUUUCUUUGAGUUUGAAGAUAGUGCCUAUUAUUUAUCUGAGGUUUUAGAUUUAAUAGGUUUAGAUUAUACAUUGUAUGCAACCUCGGUUCCAAAAGAUGAACGUUCAGAGAAGAUUAAACAAUUUACUGAAUCAAAAGGUGCCCAUACUUUGAUAAUGGAUUUAAAAUUAGCUUCUCAUGGUUUAACAAUCAUUGCAGCAACUAAAGUUUAUUUUCUAAAUCCAGUUUGGAAAAGAUCAGUUGAAGCUCAAGCUAUUAAAAGAGCUCAUAGAAUAGGACAAAGCCAACCAGUCCAUGUUGAGACUUUAAUUUUGAAAGGGACAUUAGAGGAAGAAAUGUAUAAAAGAAGAUUGAAAGCUGAAGAUGAACUAAAUGUUCCUGUUGCUGAUGAUGAUCACAUAAGAGAUUAUAUCUCAAAAUUUGAAUUUCUAAAAGCCAAUGAUCAACUUCCUUAUACUGAUUUCAAAUGUCGUACUACAAAAACUCUGAAAACCAUAAAUAAGAAAGAAUUUGAAGAAUUUGAACUUCAUGAAUCAUCAGCUUUAGGUAUAAAUUCACAUCUAUAUUGGGAUAUUCCUUUGUUUUCAAAAGAUGCUUUGAGUAAACAAUCAGAGUUACAAAAGGGACAUGUUAUUACUAAAAAAUCAAUUAAGAUUGAUGAGUCAUUCAACAGAAGUCCAAAUAAAGAACAGAAAUUUGUCAAAAUAGAAGAUCCUGAACAGUCAAAAAGUAGCAUUUUCAAGAAAGAACCACAUUUUCAUACUAUAGACAAUACAGACAAUGCAGACAAUAAAGACAAUAUAGACAAUAAAGACAAUAAAGACAAUACAGAAUAUGAUACAGAUAGAAAACCACCAAGGAAAAAACUCAGAUUUGUAUAA